CCGGGCUAGACACACACACCCCUCCGUACGGAUCCGAACAGAUCUCCGAACAGACCUCCGAAUGGGGUCUCCGAACGCGAUCCAACAUUUCGGAGCCUGCAGAACAGGCCCAGUUCGCUAACCUGAAUACGGACCCGAAUAGUAGGUCAGUUCGUCAACUUGAAGACGGUUUCACGUUUGGCAUACGGAGUCAGCAUGGAUCCGAUGAGCCUCGAGAUACAGCGAGCAGGGGCGUGGGAGCAUGACACGAUUCUCGUCCCAUUCAUCCAGAGCGCGAUUCGCGUCGUGAGAAAGCGAGUUAACAUAUAUUCAAUCUGAUCUGUAUUCUCUAUGUUGGCGCGAUAGGUUGGAUCUGGCUACAGAAGCUGUUCCUCGCAGUCGCACCGUUCCAACACCUCCGCCAUGGCUGGCCAACUAGUUACCCGGGCGGGCGCUCUUCUGCUCUCUACUCUGGCUGUUGCCAAUGCAGUGGACCCCCAGCCUAAUUGCAGGCACAUUCCCGGAGACGCUGGCUGGCCUUCAUUGCGCAAAUGGGCGCAGCUGAACGAGACGGUGGGCGGCCGGCUGAUCAGCACUAUUCCUCAGGCGCACGUCUGCCACGACGAGCCCUUCGGGCAGUACAACAAGACGGCGUGUGACGAGUUAAGUGCCGAGUGGAACUUCAGAUAUUGGAAGUUCACCGUGUGGGAGAUGGGCCAGACCCAUGUGACCAAGGCCUCUGAGAUCUUGAAUCCCUACUACCAGAACGCGUCGUGCGACCCCUUCACGCCGCGGGAGCAACCCUGCGAGCUCGGCAACUAUGCCGUCUACUCUAUAAACGUCACGGGCGUCGACGAUGUGCGUGCCGGCCUCGAGUUUGCCCGGAAAAACAACGUCCGGUUAACAAUUAAGAACACCGGUCAUGAUUACCAUGGAAGGUCUAGCGGUCAAGGCAGUCUCGCCCUAUGGACAUACAACCUGAAGUCGGCUGAGGUGAUUGAUCGCUAUGAGAGCCCGAUGUACACUGGCCCGGCUGCCAAGCUCGGCGCUGGCAUGGGUGUGGGCGAGUCCUACAUGGCUGUCCACGCGAAGGGAUACCGCAUCGUCGGCGGCGAGUGCGGGACGGUGGGCGUUGCUGGCGGCUACUCUCAGGGCGGCGGCCACUCCGUCCUUGCUAGCAAGAACGGAUUAGGAGCCGACCAGGUCCUCCAGUGGGAAGUCGUCACUCCGACUGGCGAACACCUAUUCGCCACACCCGAGAAGAACUCGGACCUCUACUGGGCGCUGAGCGGUGGCGGCGGCGGCACGUACGGCGUCGUGCUGAGCGUCACGGUCCGGGUUCAUAGAGACGGCCCGUUCGCCGGCGGCUCUCUGGUCUUCAAGAACGAAGACACCCCGGGCCACGAGAUUUACUGGAAGGCCGUCGAGCUGUUCUUCCAGUUCUUCCCCAACAUCACCGUCGACGGCAACACGGCUCAGUUCGUGCUCCUGAACGACACCCUCGACGCGCAGGCCAUCAACCUGCCCGGCCGGGACGUCGACGCGGUAUAUGCGCUCAUGAACCCGUACCUUCGCCAGCUCGACGACCUCGGCGUCAAGUACGUGUUCAAGACCACGUACUCGGACACGUACUACGAGCACUUCGACAACUACUACGGCCCGCUGCCCAACGGAGCCGAGCCGGUGACGACCAUCCUGUACGCGCGACUGGUGCCCAAGUGGGUGAUCAAGGACCCGGAGGCGAACCGCAAGCUCAUCGACGCGUACCGGUCGGUGGUGAAGGACGGCAAGUGGCUGCUGGGGUGCGGCGUGCUGAACCUCGAGGGCCUGCAGCACCCGGACAACGCGGUGCUGCCGGCGUGGCGCACGGCGCAGGCGGUGUGCAUCGCGAACGGGUUCUGGAACUUCCGGGCGCCGGUGGAGGAGAACGUGGCGCUGAAGCGGGAGCUGGCCGACAUCCACGCGCCGGCCAUGGACGCGGCCACGCCCGGCACCGGUAUCUACGUCAACGAGGUCGACCCCAUGUACAAGGGCAACUGGAAAGAGGACGGCUACGGCGCCAACUACGAGCGCCUCCUGCGCAUCAAGCACAAGUACGACCCGCACAACCUGCUCUACGGCCACUUCUCCGUCGGCGGUGACGAGUUCAGCAUCGACGGCAGCGGGCGCCUGUGCUACGAGGGCCCGCAGGACAGCGGCCACUUGUUCGGCGGCGAGGGCAGCCAGGUGGUUAUGGGCGAGCUAUAGGGAACACCGGUAGAGCGGGGUUUGGCUUGUCGUUCUGGUAGAAAAGAAAAAGCGAAUGUAAUACCUACUUUGAUUUCCCCAUCUCUCUCCAUAGCAAGACCCGGCGGCAAUACCCUCUCGUAAAGCCUUGGAGGGACGCGAACACUCUGUAAAUACGAUAGAGCGGGGCGCAGGCGGAUCUGCGUGUCCACGGCGAUCACUAAUUUCAAUAUUAAUCAAGAUUUUCCUGAGA